AUGGCCCCCCAGCUCACCUCCACAGCGUCGGCAGGCCUCCCCGCAGGGUUGAGCCUGCCGGCCCUCACCCCGCUCAAUGUCGUUGGCCUGCUCUUCCUCGGCCUCUUCGUCCACCUCGCCGUCAAGGUCUUCCGCGCCUCACGCUCACCUCUGUACAAUGUUCCCGGCGAGCCAUCGCACAACUGGAUCGUUGGCGACUUUCCCCACAUGCUCUCUGAGCCAACCGGUGUGCUCCAGAAGCGCUACAUCAACAAGCACGGCCACACCAUCCGCACGAGCACUGGCAUGUUUUCACCGCCCGGAAUCAUUACUUCAGACUUGACUGCGCUCGGCUACCUCCAGCGCAACCCGGACCUCUUUAUCAAGCCGCCCAAGCAGUCUCGCGCGCUCCGCGCCCUUGCAGGAGACGGCGUGCUCAUGGCCGAGUUCCACUCGCACAGACGCCAGCGCCGUAUCUUGAACCCCGCCUUCUCCCCCGCAGCAAUCAGGGACAUGACCCCCGUCUUCUACGCAAAGGCAGAGGAGCUCCGCGAGCGGAUCGCAACCGUUAUCGACGACGACCCCAAGCACGACGCGUCGCCGACCCCGCCCAAGCCCGAGGACAUUGUCCCAGGGUCCCGCAAGCUCGACAUGGGCAAGUACCUGACCGAGCUGGCGUUUGAUGUCAUUGGCAUGGCAGGCUUCGACUAUGACUUUAGGUGCCAGCAGACGUCCAACCCCAUCGUCUCGGGCUUCCGUGGGGCCCUUUCGGCUCUGAUGCGCAUCAACGCGCUCGCCGUCGCUCAGCACUUUUGGCCCGCCCUCGAAGUCAUCCCUACCAAGCGUAACCUGGAGGUCGCGGCCAGCCUCAAGAGGACCACCGACGUCGGCAGGGAACUUGUAGCCCAGAAGCGUCGCGAGCUGCUCGCCGCCGAGGGUGGUAUCGAAAAGUCUACCGAGACGGGCAAGGACCUUCUCUCGCUCAUCGUCAAGGCCAACAUGGCCCAGGACCUUCCCGAGAACCAGCGUCUCUCGGACGAGGAGAUUAUUUACCAAGUGUCCACGUUCCUCCUCGCCGGUUCCGAGACGACGUCAAACGGUCUUUCGUGGGUGCUCUGGCGCCUGGCCCAGAACCCGGACCUGCAGCGCCGCCUGCGCGAGGAACUGUCCUCUGUGGGAAACCCCGAGCCGUCGCUUGACGAGCUUAACGAGCUCCACUUGCUCGAAAACGUCGUCCGUGAGACCCUGCGUAUCGACUCGCCCGUCCCCGAGACCAUCCGCGAGGCCACGGCAGACACCAUGCUUCCACUCGCCGAGCCCAUCACCGGCGUCGACGGCACCGUCAUGACCUCUAUCCCCAUCAGGAAGGGCACGUUUAUCGUGGAGCCCUUCCUGGCCGUCCACUCCAACACGAAGAUCUGGGGCGACGACGCCGAGGUGUUCAACCCGGACCGCUUCGACCGCCCCAACUGCCCCGCCAUGAAGGUGCCCGGCAGCUACGGCAACCUCCUCUCUUUCAACGGCGGCGCCCGCAACUGCAUUGGCUACCGUUUCGCCCUGCUGGAGAUGAAGGUUGUGCUCUUCAUUCUCCUGCGCAACUUUACGUUUGACAUCCUGCCCUCCAAGCCCGAGAUCACGCGCAAGAACUUCAUCGUCAUGCUCCCGUGGGUUGUUGGCGAGGAGCACGUCGGCUCGCAGAUGCCCCUCCUUGUGGGCCACGUCCGCGACUAG